UCGUGGUGUGGUGAAUGAAAUGAAUAAUUGGAUUGGAAUUUCGGGAAUUUCCAAUGGAAAUGUUUGUUCUCACUUCUCCUAGGAAGUAUUUCAUCAUCUUUUAUUGUUUUGAGUAGUAUUUAUUCAUAUUGCAGUAUUCAGAAUGGAACUUCUGUGUUUCGAUUCGAGCGGUUCUACCUCCGGAUGUACAAAAUAUUGGAAUACGGUCGAGAAAUUAGUCAAAUCCAACAAAUUCGAUGCUUUAUUAUCGUGGAAUAGUUAUUGUACUCGCGUAAGCAAUAGUCUCGGGAAGAGAGGUUCCGGUGGAACUGAACCUAGUACAUUUCUGGACUACAUCAUAAAUAAUUUUAAUAAAGAUCACAUCGAGCAGAAAUUCGGCAAAGAUGCCAAACUCACUUUACAGGUGACGACAGAUGGUGGAAUAGGUGACAGCGAUAUCGCUCAUUGUGCGGAGUAUUUAUCUAAGCCCAACUUUCCUUCGUUGAAAACAGUCACCAUUCAUUACAUAGGCUAUGAAGGUGCAAUGAAUUUCGGACUAAACGCUAUUUUCGGAUCAGUUGCCGAGUUAUCCUUCAGCAUAAACGAUACCAGUGUCACUAAAAAGGUGCCAUCGGUCGCCGAAUUAGAAAAUUACGACGAUAUUUUCACACCGGAAUUCGUAUCGUUUCUAUGCUCACGUGUUACCGAUCUGAAGACAUCUGAUUUCGACGCUUUCGAUCGUCUACGUAAGACUUUACAGGCCAAGCUGGAUACAAAAUACAAACAAUUGGACGAAAGUAAACCAAUUAAUCCGAAAGAGUAUUUCGACAAAGGCGAUGCCAAGGGUCUCGAAAAAGCCAUCAAGGCUAAAAUGUUCACCGUCGAGAACACAGAAUUUCAAAGCUGGAAGAAUAAAAUUCUAAGUUGUUUCGAUAAAUGCGCCUCCAUCACGAUAUCCGAUACUCGAGCCAAAGCUAACCUAAAAUCCACCGUACUCAAGAAACCGAAAGUCGUCGCCGGGUAUAAAUUUGACGAUGAGACUAUCGUCGUCGAAGAUAGUAUCACUUUCGAGAACAUCGACGAAGGUAAAAUCUGCGUCUUGGUCAAAUUCAACCAACCAGCUUUAUUCAAACCGGAUUCGAACUUCGUGAAAAAUCCCUUCCUCGUGUUUCAAAAUGAAAACAUUCGUACGCAGAUGAUUAAACGAUUCGAGCUACAUCCAAUGUCCAUCAACACGGUGAAAGAACUGACCAAAGGUAGCGUCACAGAGUCACCUUUUACUCGAGACGAGUGUCGAGCUUUCAUUUUGGGUCCUGCCAACAUGAACGAGAUCGAUUUCAACUCUCAAGCUUUAGCCUCGUUCUUCGAAAGUGAAAAACGUAACACGAUCUACGGUAACAAGGUGAUAUGGCAGUUGGUGGUGUUGUAUUUGCUCAAAAAACACAUCGAUUCGACGGUUCAGAAAGACGAAAGCGUAACUUGGCCUCGAGACGAACUCCAUCCUUUGAUCAACGCCAUCCUCAAAGAGUACAUUCUGAAUGAAACAUUACGAUAUCAUCUAACUCUGCACGUCAGAAUCGCCCUGCCGGUAGAUCGAGUCCCAUUGUACGUUGCAUUAUGGUACAUUAUUCUGGUAUCUUCGAUGUACGCUCCGAAUUCCACUCGUAAUCUUCUACGUUAUCCCUACGGUACCGUACUGCUAGAUUUAUUCAACGAUGCCAAUCUGCAAGAUAAAAUUCCCAUCGACGACGUCAUCAGAAAAAGAUUAUACUUCAGAAUUAAAUUAUGGAAAUUAUGGAACACGAUGCUGGGCCACAAAAAAGAUCUCGAAUUGGAUCGAACCAUCCGAGCCGGGUAUCAAAACUACUGCAUCGUACAGGAUAAAAUAGUCCUUCUAUCCGGUCAUAAACCAACCGAGUUACCAGCUCCAGAUCUCGUCUCUGGUAUACCUCCUUCGGUAGUCAAAGUCAUGUGGGAUUCGUUAACUCCCAAGUCGACUCGUUUCCAGAAAAUAAAUCAAGACGGUAAUAAUCUACCUCGACCCAAAUGGGUAAUCUUGAAAAACGAUACAACGGAAUCGAGAGAAGUCUUCCACAUGCAAAUCGAUCCUGAUACUUUACGUCCUUUCGCCAAAUGCCCCGUCAGCAAUAAACCAAUCGCAAAAUGCGUCGGUAAAUUCGACAUCAAAUCCGAAUCUUACGCCAGGAUCUUCUCUCUGUAUUGCGCCAAGUACAAAAAAUAUCCAGAAAACUCGGAUCAAUUGGUUUUAUUGCAUAAUCGAAAGAGAGCCAAGAAUAACGUAUCCAGCGUGUUUAUCGAAAAAUACAUGAAACACGUUUUCGAUAUUUACCAACCGAUCGUAGGAACCAUGUCUUGCGCCGAAUUCGUUAAAAAGUAUAAUUCCUACGUUGCCGACAAAUCGAUCAAGAAUUCCAUCCAGUCAAGUUCGUCUAAAACGAAAACUAAGAAGCCGUCGCCGGCGGGUUGGGUUUCAGUGAAGGGUAAAAAAAGAGCUCCAGGUAGACGUGGAAGGAAAGCUCCACCGAGUUGUGAAUCUCGUGCUCCGGUGCGUCGUAAACGGAUCGGAUUUUCAAGCCUAUCGAUUACAGACUGAUUAUUUUUAUAAGUUGUAGUACUGAUAUUUUUUAUUUUCCUAAUUAAUUAACCAGCUGUGAUAUAUUUAAUUCGAGAAUAUUUGCAUUUAAUUUCGUUAUCCUUUCUCCUGUAUUUUUAUAAUCGAGUUUUCCUUAAUUUGCCUAAUU